CGCAGUUUCUCAGCACCUGAUCAUGCAGGUUCAGCUUGCAGCUGAUUAUUGGCUAGAUUAGCUCAAAGAGUAAGCUGCAGAAGCUCCCUUGAUCCUUCCGUCUUGUGCAAUCGUUUUCUCUUACCUGGCGCGUCUCACCCAGUGCUUCUUUCCUACUACAAACCAUACCUGUUAUAGCAGCAACGAGAUGGUGUUCUCCAAUACUUCGCAUCCGUUCACUGCGGUCGCAAUAGGUACACUGCUUGUCGGGAGUCUCAUCUAUGCCUCUUUCGGCCGGUGGAAGCUUCGUCAAUCGCGGCAAGAAUUCGAGCGGAUCAACAAAUGCCUUCCCCCUCGCAGUCUCUAUCCCAUCAGAGAGCCCUUCAUUGGGUUGAACAUGAUUCUGUCGGUGCUCGGCGCAGCCAGAAAAAAGCUUCUUCUGCAUUGGUUCUUCGAACAAUACCAAACAUACGGACCUACGUUUGUGGUAAGAACUAUCGAAGGACACGCUGUUCACACGACCGAGGCGGAGAAUCUUAAGACUGCAUUCAGCCAGAAAUUCGAUGAUUGGUCUGCUGGAGGUGGUCGCCAAUCUUUCAAGCAUCUGCUCGGACGUGCGACAUUCAUGACCGAUGGUGCUGAGUGGUCACACUCUCGUGGUAUUCUACGUCCAAUGUUCGCCAAAGACCGUAUCACAGACCUGGACCUCUUCGAAAAACAUUUCCAGAAAUUCUUGAAGUUAAUACCCGAGGAUGGCGCAACCGUAGACCUGGAUAAACUCUUCCAUCGUUAUGCCUUUGAUGUGUCUUCCGAGUUUCUAUUCGGAGAAUCGAUCGGCUCGCUAGGAGAACAGACAGAGGCCAAAGCCCAGUUGGGCCACGACAUUGAGCUAACUAUUCAGGAUGCUGCCGACCGUUUUCGCUACUCAUUGUUGUAUCGCUUGCUCAAGCGCAAAGGAGUCGAUGAGGCAAUUCGCAAUGUGCAUGAUGCGACCAACAAGUAUGUGCAGGAAACUUUGGAGCGAGCCGCGAAAGCCGAGAAGAGUUUCACUGCAACGGAUGACAAAGAGUCCGGAUACUCCUUCCUCGACGAGAUGGCACGUCAGACUCAAGACCCAAAGAAGAUGAGAGAGGAGGCUACGUCUUUGAUGUUUGCAGGAAAAGACACCACUGCCGGUCUAUUAGGCAGCAUGUGGUUCUUGCUGGCCAGAAAUCCUGCUGCGUGGCAGAAGCUUGUGGCAGAGAUCGAUCAGCUAGAAGGCGUACCACCGAGCUACCAAUGGAUCAAGAACGCCAAGUAUCUGAGAUACUGUGAGCAUGAAGCCAUGAGACUUUACCCAGUAACGCCGAUUCUGCCACCACGCAUUUCGAACAAGGAUACUGUAUUGCCCGUGGGUGGUGGCGAGGACGGCAAAUCACCACUGUUCGUCCCCAAAGGUGCAGCCUUAGUGGUCAACAUCUACUGUGCAAACCGCCGCAAGGACGUUUUCGGGGACGACGUGGAGGAUUUCAGACCAGAAAGAUGGGAGGAUCUCCGUCCAGGCUGGGCAUAUACUCCGUUCGGAGGCGGCCCGCGUAUCUGCAUAGGGCAACAAUUUGCUAUUACGGAAGUGUACUAUCUCACUGUACGACUCAUACAACACUUCCGUCGCAUCGAAUGUCGCGACCCCAGUCCGUUCGUGGAGAACCUUGCGGGUGUCAUCCUGAGCUCAGACAAUGGCGUCAAGGUUGGCCUGUAUUCCAAUUGAAUAUACAGAACUCUUGCUUCUUUGCUAGAAGCGUACCUGGUCGGCACCGGUCCCAAUACUUACGACCAUCACUUGGCACGAUACAGUCGCGAUAUACAGCACAAACAUGCAGCUUCAUAUCGCUCACCGGUCCAGUCAUCGCACGCUGUGAAACAAGAGGCCCAUAUGUUUGCGACAGCCGAUAAGGCUCGAUUCGUACUACAAUACAUACAAAAGUGUGCAUCUUCCCCUCUUGCUCACAAGGCAACUGUGUGACACAAGAUUCAUAUGCCCACAUGUUUCACCGAUGCGCAUGUUGCACAAAAGACAGCGAAAUCCGUUGUGUGUGUUCACUGACUGCAUCAUAUCCUUCUGACAUCGAUCUACAG